CGGCGGCCAUCUUUUUUUCUUCUCUUCAUUUUAUCGUUCUACCACUAUACAGACCUAAAACUUACUUUAUCCUAGAUAUCGAGUAUAUCCAAAAAUGCAUUUGCAUAUUCGUCUGUUCUAAUGUUCCCUCGUCGGUCACUGUAGAUUAACGGUGCAUCGUAAUUUGUGUUUCAUGGAUUGCAAAAAUGCAUGAGAUCAUUCAUUAGACUUGAAUGACGUUUUAUUUUAGAGACAUAAAGGGAGUAUUUAAAAGUUACAUAAUAUUUGUACCAAAUCCCAUAAUAUAAUAAAGAUGGAUAUGGAUCAGGAUGUAUUAACAGUGUUGAAGCUGUUAAUGAUAGGGGAAUCCAAUGUUGGAAAAUCAAGCAUAAUCCUCAGAUUUACAGAGGAUGAAUUUUAUGAGAACAUGCAAAGUACAGUUGGCAUGGACUAUAAAACUAAACAAGUUACAAUCGAUGGCAAUACAGUGAAAUUGGCAAUUUGGGACACUGCUGGACAGGAACGUUUUCGUACUCUGACACCUAGUUAUUAUAGAGAUGGUCAAGGUGCUAUAUUGGUGUACGAUGUUACAGAUAGGGUUACUUUUGUGAAAUUAGAAACAUGGCUUAACGAAUUAAAUACAUACUGCAAUAAAACAGACAUUGUUAAAAUGGUAGUAGGUAACAAAAUAGAUUUACCAAAUAGAGAAGUAAGCACUGAGGAAGGCCUACAAUUUGCAAGAAGGCAUCAAACUCUAUACAUUGAGAGCAGUGCCAAAACUGCAGAUGGGAUUAAAUGUUGUUUUGAAGAGCUUGUACAAAAGAUAAUACAAACGCCAGGCCUCUGGGAUAGACAACCUUUUCUUAAAGCAUAUGGCAAUGGAAGCAUGGGAGGAGCAAGACACAGAGGUCAAAGAGGGAUACAAUUAGCAAAUGACUCUCAACCACACGAACCAUACUCAAAUUGCUAUUGUAGUCUGGUUUAGCUGAUCAUAAUAUAAAAUUCAGAUGGUGAUAAUUACAAGGAAGCCAUACCUUAAAUGUGGUCUAAACUCUAUUUGAAAACUAGAUACCUAAGUGUGAGAAUUUCGACGACAGAUGUGUUUAAUGAUACUUUGUGUAUGUUGUGGAAAGAAAUGUUUCAUACAUGU